GUAUGGUCCGGGCGGGGGCCCGCCGGUAUUACGCUCCUUUGUACUGAGCUUGUCGGUCACGGGCCUCAUCGCGCCGUCAUCACUACAGCUCAGACACCGCUGCUGUGACUGUCUACUACUGCACUUCGCGAAUUGACCAGAAACUUUUGAAUGCAACUGUUCUGUCAUUAAGACUUCAAUUCCUUUAGCUUUGAAUCUCGAACUGGACACUUUUAAGUGAACAAAUUUAAAUUAUGAAGUGAACAAAGAAAGGAUUGUAUGAUUGAAAGAAGCAAAGCAGGGCCAGCGCCGAUGUAAGGCCAGGCCGCCAUGGACCGGUGGGUGACUGCGUUGAGCGCCCUGCUGGCUUUUUUCCUCUACUACAACACUCUGGACGCUGGCUUCGUUUAUGAUGACAGGCGGGCGAUCCUCUCCAACCCGGACGUCAUCGGGCAUACACCGAUAGAGGCUUUAUUCGAAAACGAUUUCUGGGGAACACCGCUCGCAGACCACGGUUCACACGGCUCCUAUAGACCAUUAUGUGUCGCUACAUAUCGGCUCAACUAUGCUUUCAGCGGCUUCAAGCCAUGGAGCUAUCAUUUUCUAAAUAUUCUAUUCCAUUGCCUCGCAACGGCCUUGGUGGUCACAACAGCGAGAAGGAUUUUACCGCAAUACUGUGUUCGAGUCGGCACCAUUGUCGCUGGAUUGACCUUCGCUUCGCAUCCCAUACAUACGGAAGCCGUAGCUGGGGUGGUUGGUCGAGCCGAUCUCGCCGCUUGCAACUUUUUCCUCCUUAGUUUCCUUAUUUACAGCGAACAUAUUCGCCUGAGAGAGCAAAGUCAAAGACGUACAUGUCGACAUAUCUCAAAGAAUUCCUUUCUACAUCGACCGAAUAUAAUACGCGAACAGCCGUUUCGGUUAAGCUGUCAUGGCCUCGUGCAGCAAAUUAUGAUGAACUUUCGGAGGCUUCUGAAAGCUGGAAAAGUUGGACCGAUGAAAAUGUUGGAUGCUUGUGAGAUGAAAUCAGACAAUUUGAGACUAAAGUGUCAAUACAGUGAUAGUGCCAGUGAAGACACUAGUGAACUGCUACAGUGGUUGACUCUAGCGGGGACUCUACUUUUUGCCGUCGCCGCCACAUUAUGUAAAGAGCCAGGCAUAAUGGUCCUGCCCCUUUGCAUAUUCUACGACUUUCUGAAAAGCACUCGUCAGGAAGAACCCUAUUCUAAGCGUCGCUGGCGCAGCGUAUCUGCGCUGAGUAUGGGAGGCUUUGCCCUGCUAUACUGGAGGCUGCGAAUCGCUGGCUCGCCCUCGGUAUUCGCUGCAGCGGAUAACCCCGCCUCUCGCGAUCCUUCCUUCCUCACUAGAUUUUACACCUUUACCUACCUCCCCGUUUUCAAUUUCUUUCUCCUUUUAUACCCUUUUCAUCUUAGUUUCGACUGGUCCAUGGACUCAAUACCUCGCAUAACAACUCUCUUAGAUCCACGAAAUAUACUAACAAUAAUAUUUUAUGCAAUACUUUCAAAAGUAACAUGGAGAGCAAUUGUAAAAGAGUUCAAAAAACAUCAAGAAAAUUCAAGUAAAGAAAACAAGUACUAUAAAAAACAGAACUGUAAAGCUAAACAAAAGUGGAAUUACAACAACAAACAGUACUAUCGUGGACCUGACUGCGUUGAGAGAAAAAGCUAUCAUGCACCGUACAAAGAGAAUACAUCAUCUAAAAAGCUAAUGUGCCCCUGCAACGGUUGCAAACAUUCACUUACAGAGGAGCACACGAGCGCCUGCAGAGCCAUUAACAACAACAACACAAUGAUGCAUCAUUCCACUUGUGUGUGCCCAAAACUGAAAGCUCACACUCCUCAUAGAUAUUACGUUUACUGCAAUUCGCAAAUCGCGAUGCUGAUAUCAGUGGCAUUCAUGGUUCUCCCGUUCGUACCCGCAAGUAAUCUGCUGUUCUACGUUGGUUUCGUUGUGGCGGAGCGUGUGUUGUACAUACCCAGUGUUGGACUAUGUUUGCUUCUUGGUCUGGGAGCGGGGACUCUAACUCGCGGCUGGCGACGCAAUGAAACGCGAAGUAGAGUAUUUGUGUUUGCCCUCCUUAUCGCGUUAUCGGCAAUGUGUGGUCACACGCUCACAAGGAAUCAAGAUUGGCGCGAUGAAGAAACCCUUUUCAGGAGCGCCUUGCAUAUCAACCCACCUAAAGCGUACGGCAAUCUGGGCAGCGUGCUAACCGCACAGGGUCGGACUGCGGAGGCCGAGGUCGCCUUCGAGAAGGCCCUUAAACAUCGACCUAACAUGGCCGAUGUCCAUUACAAUUUAGGAAUUUUACUUCAAAACCAGCGUCGUUUCGGAGAAGCUAUAAAGAGUUUCGAGAGAGCAAUUUUCUUCAGACCUUCAAUGGCUUUGGCUUAUGUUAACCUCGGCGCUUCGCUGAUGGCCGAUGGAAGAUUGGCGGAGGCUGCAAGUGCAUUACGCGCGGGAGCACGUGCUGAAGGUCCUCGUGUUCGAGAUAGGAGAGAACACGACGCUGCACGUGUUUCAGCUCUCGUACAACUCGCAGCUUUGCAUUCUCAAAGAGGCCACUGGCACAAAGCACUAUCUGCUUAUAAAGAUGCGCUGCAAAUAUUACCAGACACUAACGCUCCUUUAGUGGGAUGGACUAAACAUAGUGUUUUGUCGAUGGCUGCGGAGGUUUAUGUACAGUUACAACAGUGGCCUCAGGCGGAGAAUAGUUUAUUGUCUGCGUUAAAAGUAGCACCUCAUCACGCAGGCACGCAUGUUACACUCGCUCAGAUUCUGGCGAGAAAUGCCAGUAGAAUAUUUGAGGCGGAAACGUGGUUCAAAAAGGCGCUUACUCUGGCGCCGAAUGAUCCAUCAGUAAGGGAUCAGUUUGGCAUGUUUCUACGAUCUCAAAGAAGGCUACGUGAAUCAGCCGAGCAAUUGGUAAUAGCGGCAAGAUUAUCGCCAACAGACAGUGUACGUGCUGCGUCUGCAGCGAGGGCACUGAGAGACGCCAGGAGGUGUCGCUCCGCAGAACGGUGGUACGCCAGAGCCGUAAAGUUAAAUCCGGAGGACGCCGAGUACCAUUCUAAUUUAGGCGCUAUUCUGCAUCUGAAUGGAAAAUAUGCAGCUGCUGCUACAUCCUACCGGCGUGCUUUACAAUUGCAGCCCAACGAUGACGUCACAAUCACCAACUUGAAGAGAGUACGAGCUCUUAUGAACCAGCGUUGAGUAACUAUUAUUUGUAUUAGUUUAUGAUUGUCUCUUCCAAAUAAGAACAGGACUACAUAUAAGUAUAAUGUCACUGGCGUAAGCCGUGACUGGAUGUCUAUUUGCUUUGGUCAUGAUGUACCUAUCUAUUUCGCUUUCUUCACUCGCCUCACAUGUCUGUUUAUUCUUGACACUU